AUGUUCACCAAGUGCCCUCUGCAUGUUGCGAGCGGUGCAGAAUCGACCGCCUGUACUGUUACCAGCACUGCUCCAUGCAACACAGAGACAACUGAGAGAGCAGCCUCUUUGUUGCAGCAGGCUCAAAUUUGCCAGGUGCCGGUGCAGCCAGCUGCUUUAGAUCCUUACUGUAUGGCGACAGGCAGCAGCUCUGGACGGCCAGAGGAGACAGUUGAGGCACCGGUGGAACCACAUGAGCCGCCGUACGGACCACCUCCGCCCCAGAACAUCUUCUCGCUUCGCCUUUCCCAGGCUCUGGUGGAUGCCCUGAAGCCCAACAUCAAUCACCAGGGGGCUUUCUUGACAAGGAUCCAGGGCAGGAUCAUUGACUGUGUGGGCAUCACAGCCACCCUGCGCCCUAUGACGCCGAACGAGUUCCUCCACACGGACGUGCUGCAUUGCUCGGACCAGCAGCUGAGUGAGCUGGAGGACCCGGAGGAUACGGUCGAAGAGCGACCGGAAGAUGCUCGCAGCAGGGCUCGAAGGGCCACGGCAGAAUGGCUGGAGCGAAGGGGAGAGCUCGAGGAGAUGAUAUCGCACCCGGUGGAGCCUGAGAUGGGUGAGGAGGCCGUCACCAUGGCGAGCAACACGAUGGCGGAGCCGAACAACACCGCCAGCAGCUCGUUCAGUGCUCCCAAGGCCAAGCCCAAGGCGUACAAGGGACUCCCACACCUGACAACCUGA